UUGUGCGUUGAAGUCAGAUUGAACAUGCAUAUUUGUCCCGCCCAAGUGAACCAACGAGCCAAUCGGAGAAGACUGUAUCUGUCAUCUGUACAUGCGACAGGAAGGCCAUGCAGCGUAUGCACCGAUCUGGGGAUACGGGAUACUGAUCCCCUCAGUCUCUGUCAGAUUUGAUGAGGAGCUUUCUGGAAGAUGCUUUCUGAAGUAGUUUCUGACGGCACUAUGCACAUAUACAGUAUGUAUAUAUUUUUCUCUCUUGUUUUUUUCUCUUGCUGCUCUAGGUAUCAAGUCUGACAACCAGCAGCCGGCAUAAAAAAUAAUGAUCGGGUUGAAGUGUUAUCUCUCUCUUCCAGUGGUAGCAGGGGCAUUAUUUGUGGGCCUCCCUUACAGUAUCUCUCUGGUUGCUCAAUGGCUCUAUGGCUGGCCCAAAAAACCUGGGUACAAAAAAUAUAUAGAGGCUCUCAAACCAAGGCGCAUAUACUGCUUGACAAGAGCUGUGCUUGAGAUGCUGAAGUAUAUGCAGUAUGGCAAACUGUAUUUUCAGUGGAAACUGUGGUACAGUAAUGACAAAAAUAACAAGCACUAUGAGAAAGGCAUCACCUUUGGCCGUCGAGGUAACAAGCUAGAUUUAUACUACUCACCAAGCACGGGUCAUUCAAAUGCAGCUCCUGUGCCGGUAGUUGUGUUUGUGUAUGGAGGUGCUUGGGGCUCAGGCGACAGAUCCAUUUACUGUCUGUUAGCACUGCAAAUGGCAAAAGAGCUAAAUGCCUCUGUAAUUUGUCCAGAUUAUUCCAUAUAUCCAAAGGGAAAUGUUUUAAGUAUGGUUCAAGACAUCAGUGACAGUUUGCUGUGGGUGAGAGAAAGGGGCAGUUCGUUCAACCUUGACCAAGAAAACAUAGUUUUAAUUGGUCAUUCUGCAGGGGCUCAUCUGUGUGCUCUUACCACACUAUUUCUGGUGAACAAUGUUGAAGAGCUUGUCAUUGAGGCCCACAAACAGAGAGAACUUGCAUCUGCCAUUAAAGGAAUCAUAGGUCUGAGUGGAGUAUACAGUAUAAUGGAUCAUUAUAAGCAUGAGAAAAUGCGGGCUGUUGAAUAUGUGUCAACUAUGCACAAAGCUAUGGAUGGCGUGGAGAACUUUGAUUAUUACUCGCCAACAUCAUUACUCAAGAAAUUGAAUAAGGAUCAGUUGAAACGAGUUCCUCCAGUGGCGUUACUCCAUGGAACCAGUGAUAUCAUAGUUCCAGUGGAAUCAUCAGUUAGAUUCUCUGAUCUCCUCACUUCCCUUUCCAUCAAGAUGUCCCUUUAUCUAAUACCCAAAAUGAACCACACUGAGAUGGUCACUGAUCUUAUGGCACCAGACAGGCACUUUUACCAUACUGUUUAUGGCUGUAUUAAACAGGAGUACAGUAAAUUUCAGGGUUGUUGAUUCAUACUGUAUUCACUAAAGUAACAAACGUACUAAUAUCAUUUUUUUUUUUAUACAACAGUCAUUAUCACUCAGUCUUUGUAUUUUCACUAUGUUAUAACAUUAUAACUAUGUUACUGUAAGUUUACAUUCCAGUUCUAAUUCUCCUGAAAUGUUUUGAUGUAGUACUUUCCUCAUAUCGAAAAAUGUGUUGAAUAUCCCAUUGUUCAAGAUGCCAAAAGCUCUUUGCUUGUUGUGUUGAAUAACAAAUUCUAUUUAAAAACAUACCUUUUAAUGUUUAAUUCUAUGUGAAGAAAGAAGAGAUUGUUACAAUUAUGGCAAGAAGAAAAAGAAUAAAUGUACAAUUAUGUCUCCUUCAUGGAAAUGUAAUAUAAGAGAUGUUACCUAUAUUGUAGGUUUACUUGUGUAGAUUGAUUUAUCAAAAUCAUACAUUAAAUGUUUUUUCUCUGUUCCCAAUAAUAGACUUGGUUAUUGAGGUUGCAAAUAUUCUGAAACCAUUUUGUCUGACAUAUUCACAGUUGUUGCCGUAUUCAAUCUUAGAUGAUAAAAUAAUAUAUGGUUAGAGCUAUGCAUUCUUUUAGAAAUGUGAUGGUUUAAGUUUUCCUUAAUUUUUUCUUGUCAUAGUCAUUACAAUAUGUUGAUACAGGGAACCAAAACAAUCAUUUUUAAAAUCAUUAAAUAA